CUUUUGCAUAAGCGCACAACCAUAAACAUAAAGAAAUUGAUUGGUCCACAAACAUAUGUAUGAGGAAAUGAACCAAUCAAUUUCCUCAUGCUUAUGACUAUGCGCUUAUGCAAAAGUGUGUGUUCUCCGCUUUAUAUUACGGUGAGAUUUUUAUGCUCACAUAAAAUUGGCGCCAAUUCGUUACGUUAAACCAAGAUCAGUCAAAUUCGUGUCUAAUUUAUCGUGAUAAAUGUACUAUUUUUUGACUCAACUCUGUACUUUAAAGUGUCGUGGAAUAUUAUUCACAAUAUUUAUAUAAUAAGUAAAAGCCCUUUUAUUAGAAAUAAUCACGAGAGAGAUCAUAUAAUGGUUCGACGAAAAUCCGUACCAAGAUCAAUCGCCACACCUGAACCUGGGGAAACAGAAAGUAACAGAACAAAUGUAAUAGUGAACAAACGCAAAAGAAAAAGUCGGGUACUGCAAGAGAUCAAGCAUCUAAGGAGGACUACGCACUUUCUCAUACCUAAACUACCUUUUUCGCGAUUAAUUAGAGAAAUUAUGAUUGAUUUAUUCCCCAGACAGGAAAUUAAUAGGAUACAAGCUUCUGCCCUCGAAGCUUUACAAGAGGCAACAGAGAUGUAUAUUGUACAAUUCUUCGAGGAUGCAUUGCUGUUGGCAUUGCAUGCUAAACGGGUUACUCUUAUGCGACACGAUAUGAUUCUAAUGCGCAGAUUGAGAGGUCGCUCAGAUAUCAUAAAUAGAUAGGAAUCUCAUUUGUAAUUAAAUUGAUAUUUUUGUAUAUUUUUUUAGAUAAAAAGUAUUUUUCAUAAUAUAAAUCUUUUCUUCUAUUAUCGAUUAGAAUGAAUGAUAGAAGAGUUUUCAUGAUUAAAUCAAAUUUGACAAAAGAAGAAUUACAUACUAAUUAUAUAAAACUUUUCAAA